AUGCUUUACACUGAAGAAUCAAGAGACAUAAAGUUGGUCAUUGAAUUUCGAGAUCCAUACUAUUUAAGCAGAAGAUAUAAAAUUAAAAGUACAGUUAAAUUAAUCAAAAUUACAUUAUGCUCACUCCCUGCUGAUCGAAUUGCACUCUUAAAUGCUAUGGUGCUCUUUAAUGAUGAUUUCCAAUAUGAUUUUACAUUGAUUGAUAUAUUGAACGUUGAACUUAAUGAAUGGUUAGGUUUGAAUUUACCUGAAGAUUAUUUUAUUGGUAGAAUGGAUCAAAUUAGAAAAACAAAUAUUGAUAAUGACAUAGACUUUUAUAUUAAAAAAUGGUUAAAACUCAAACACAAAACAAUGUAUCCUGUAUCAAGGCAUCGUUUGAGGGAAAAGUUACUUUCAAAUGGAUUUUACAUUAAAUGA